AUCUUGAGACAAAUUGGAAAUGUUAAAUUUUUAAAAUUUCUUUCGGAGUUGGUAGUUUCUUCCUUCCUCUCUCUAUAAAACUUCAAACACAGUCUCUUUGAAGUCACACUACUCUAGCUAGCGAUCAACAGACGCAGAGAAGAAUCAAGAAGAAGAAGAAGAAAUCAGUUUCUUUUUCAAAAUGGAAAGAGCAACACCAGUCAGGAAAUCACAUACAUCAACAGCUGAGUUACUGUUUUGGCCUGAGAAUCAAAAUGCUCAUUCUUCACCCUAUGAUCCUUCUUCAGCUCCUCGUUCUGCUAAUCGUAUGCCGUCUGAUGGGGUGAGUAAAGUGUUAUGUGGAGCUCAGGUUACCGAAGAAGAAGAAGCUCAAAGCUUAUCAAAACUGAAACCCUGUUCAGGGUAUAAAAUGAAGGAGAUGACUGGAAGCGGUAUCUUUGUUGGAGAUGGUGAAAAUGGUGGAGAAGAAGCAGGGUCUGCCAAUCAGACUCCUAACAGAACAGGUUUACGUAUUUACCAGCAAGCUGUAAGCGGAAUCAGCCAGAUCUCAUUCAGCGUUGAUGAAAGUGUCUCGCCUAAGAAGCCUACUUCUCAGGCCGAGGUUGCAAAGCAGCGAGAAUUAAGCGGGACAUUGGAAACUGAGGUAGACACGAAAUUAGGGGUACAAUCAUCCAAAAUAAAGUGGCAGGAGCUUAGUGGUCAUGACAUUUUUGGCCCUCCUCCAGAGAUUACCAUACGACCAUUGGAUGCACGUGCUUUGGAAUUGAAAGGAAGCAUAAACAUGGGAGAAUCUGCACCAAGAAAUGUUGCUGGAGGUCAAAGUGCUGUACCAUUUUCCGAAGAAACUCCAGUGAAAACUGCAAAGAAAACAAACAACCAGAAAUUUCAGGAGUUAACGGGAAAUAACAUUUUCAAGGGAGAUACUCCUUCAGGAACAGAUGAGAAGUCACUGAGCAACGCAAAGCUUAGGGAGAUGAGUGGCUCUAACAUAUUUGCUGAUGGCAAAGCAGAGUCCAGAGAACACUUGGGUGCACGAAAGCCUCCUGGCGGUGACAGCAGCAUUGCCUUGGUUUAAUUUUUUGUCUAAAUAACUCUGUUAUUUAACAUUAUACUUACUAUGGCUCAGUGUUUAAGAAUGUACCGUUUGUUCUCUUGGGAUUUGACUAGUGAAUGAUUUUUAGAGUUUCUCCUGCAUGUGUAUGUCUAAUGCUUGAUCGCCAUUUUUAGAGCCUGUGGGUAUAUAAUAUUGUUUUAGGGUGUCUGACAUAUUAAACCACCAGAACACAGGUAGUGUGAGUGAGUCUUGUUUCUAAGCUAAUUGCCUAACUGGGUUUUCAUGA